GUCCAGGUGUUGCUAGGUCUCUGGGAUAAGACAACACUACCUUGUGCUAGCCAGCAACAGGGAAAAGAGGCUUACUUAGAGUAUCACAUAAACGCUUCACAUUGUGCAUUCCUCCUGCUUCCAUAGUUAUUUGCUUAUUAGGUCCUUGGACACCACAAACUCUGUUAAAGGGCCUAGAGACUCAAGAGGCACAUGGCUGGACACUCCACAUUGUAUUUCAUCCUGAUGUGUGCUCUGAUUGACAAGGGCCAAGCCUGCUUCUGUGAUCGGUAUCCAUGGUCACAGUGGUCCAGCUGCUCAAAAACAUGUGAUUCUGGAACCCAGAGCAGAGAGAGACACCUAAUACUAAACCAGUACUUUUGGGAUAACAAGUGUUCUCAGCUUUGCUUGAGGUAUGAGACCAAAGAAUGUAACUGGCAAAAAUGUCCUAUCAACUGCAUGCUGGGAGGUUAUGGACCAUGGUCAGACUGUGACCCUUGUGUUGAAAAACAGACUAAGGUUAGAUCUGUCUUGCGCCCUAGUCAGUUUGGGGGACAACCAUGUACUGAGCCCCUGGUGACCUCUCAACGAUGCAUUCCGUCUAAGCUCUGCAAAAUUGAAGAGGUUGACUGCAAGAAUAAAUUCCGCUGUGAUAGUGGCCGCUGUAUUGCCAGCAAGUUAGAAUGUAAUGGAGAAAAUGACUGUGGAGACGAUUCAGAUGAAAGGGAUUGUGGAAAUACAAAGGCAGUAUGCCCACGGAAAUACAGUCCUAUCCCUAGUGUACAGUUGAUGAGCGCUGGGUAUCAUGCUCUGGCAGGAGAGCCCCGAGGAGAAGUCCUUGAUCAUUCUUUCACUGGAGGAAUAUGUAAAACUGUCAAAAGCAGUAGAGGAAGUAAUCCAUACCGUGUUCCGGCCAACCUGGAAAACGUCAACUUUGAGGUACAAAAAGAAGAAGAUGAUUUGAAAACAGCUUUCUUCAAGGAUUUGACUUCUCUUGAAAAGGAUGAAAAUCAACGAGCGUCAUCUUCAAGUGGAGAUACGAACUCUUUGUGGAUACCAAUUUUAUUUUUUUCCAGUGAUAGUAAAAGUGUCACCCAUAAUUCUGCCUUCAAACAAGCCAUUAAAGCCUCCCACAAAAAGGAUUCAAAUUUUAUUAGAGUCCAUAAAGUGAUCAGAGUCUUAAACUUCACAAUGAAAGCUAAAGAUCUGCAGCUCUCUGAUGUCUUUUUGAAAGCACUCAACCAUCUGCCACUAGAAUACAACUCUGCUUUGUAUAGCCAAAUUUUCGAUAACUUUGGGACACACUACUUCACCUCUGGCUCCCUGGGAGGUGUGUACGACCUCCUCUAUCAAUAUAGCAGUGAAGAACUAAAGAACUCAGGUUUAACAGAGAAAGAAAUCCGAAACUGCAUCCGGAUUGAAACAACAAGCAGUGUAUUUAUUUUCACGCAUACAGAAGUGGAAAACCGAUGUACCACUAACAAGAUGUCAGAGAAAUAUGAAGGUUCAAUUUUGCAAGGAGCAGAGAAGUCCAUAUCUCUGGUUAAAGGUGGGAGGAGUGAAUAUGCAGCUGCUUUGGCAUGGGAGAAAGGGAGCCCUGAUCCAGAGCAGAAGGCGUUUUCUGAGUGGCUAGAAUCAGUGAAGGAAAAUCCCGUGGUGAUUGACUUUAAGCUUGCUCCCAUUGUGGACUUGGUAAGAAACAUCCCCUGUGCCGUGACAAAACGGAACAACCUCAGGAAAGCUUUUCAAGAAUAUGCAGCCAAGUUUGAUCCUUGUCGGUGCGCACCAUGCCCUAAUAAUGCCCGCCCCAGGCUCUCAGGGACAGAGUGCCUGUGUGUGUGCCAAAGUGGCACCUAUGGCGAGAACUGUGAGAGACGGUCUCCAGAUUAUAAAUCUAAUGCAGUAGAUGGGAACUGGGGUUGCUGGUCUUCCUGGACUGCAUGUGACACUACUUAUAAGAGAUCAAGGACUCGGGAAUGCAAUAACCCUGCCCCUCAACAAGGAGGAAAACCCUGUGAGGGACAGAAGCGGCAAGAGGAGGACUGCACAUUUUCAAUAAUGGAAAAUGAUGGACAACCAUGUAUCAAUGAUGAUGAGGAAAUUAAAGAAGUAGAUCUUCCUGAGAUAGAGACAGAUUCAGGGUGUUAUCGUCCUGAUCCUCCAGAAAAUGGUUUUAUCCGGAAUGAAAAGAAACUGUACUCAGUUGGGGAAGAAAUUGAAAUUGCAUGCCUUACUGGAUUCAAAGCUGUUGGAUACCAGUACUUCAGAUGCUUACCAGACAGAACCUGGAGGCAAGGGGAUGUGGAAUGCCAACGGGCAGGGUGCCUUAAGCCGGUCGUACAGGAAGGCCUGACACUCUCACCAUUCCAGAGAGUAUACAGAAUUGGUGACUCCAUUGAGCUAACCUGCCCCAGUGGCUUCAUUGUUUCUGGGCCAUCGAGGUACACAUGCAGCGGGGAUUCUUGGACACCACCUGUUCCAAACUCCCUUACCUGUAAAAAAGAUACUCUGUUAGAAUUAAAGGGCCAUUGUCAGCUAGGACAAAAACAAUCAGGAUCCGAAUGUGUUUGUAUGUCUCCAGAAGAAGAUUGUAGCCAAUAUUCAGAAGAUCUCUGUGUGUUUGAUACAAACUCCAACGAUUACUUUACUUCAUCCGCUUGUAAGCUCUUGGCUGAGAAUUGCUUAAAUAAUCAGCAACUCCAUUUUCUACAUGUUGGUUCCUGCCAAGAUGGUCCACAGUUAGAAUGGGGUCUUGAAAGGACAAAACUUUCAUCCAACAGCACAAAGAAAGAAUCCUGUGGCUACGAUACCUGCUACGACUGGGAGAAAUGUUCAGCCUCUUCUUCCAAAUGUAUCUGCCUAUUGCCCUCCCAGUGCCCCAAAGGUGGGAACCAGCUGUACUGUGUCACAAUAGGAUCAUCAGCAAGUAAGAAAACGGUGAACAUCUGUGAAGUGGGAGCUAUAAAAUGUGCGAAGAGGAACGUGGAAAUACUGCAUGCUGGGAGGUGUUUGGCCUAGCACAAUUACUGACAGAUUUACUAACCAAAAAGUCAUCUCCACAAAGGGGCAUUCUUGUAUGAGCAUCAAACUGGCAUGCCCAGAACUAUUGACAGAAUGUUUCGUGCUAGUUUGAUACCAUGCUUUUCCCUGACACUUCUAGUGUUCCCGAUCCAGUUUUAGUCCUUGAGACCUUAUAGCAUACUCCCAGGAAAUAAUUUCCACCUCAAACUAGCAAAUUCUCCUGCUUUUAUUACAUAAAAAUAAUGGACCUUCUGGGGACCUUAUGCAACCUAUGGUAUUGAACAUCCUCACAAUCACAAAUAAGAACAAAAACUGUAGUUUUCUUUAAUGAAUCAAUAAACAUAGACAAAAUAGAACCUAUGAAACACA